AUGUCUAAUGGCUACUUACCUAGCCAUAUGUCAUGCAUGACGCAAGCAGAGCAAAUUCCGGGAAACGACCACCUUCUCACCUCGCUGUGGCGGUCCCGCGAGGUCCAGCGCAGCUGGUCGCCCGUGGUGGUGCUGCACAUCGGACAGCUGCUAAUCGACGCGCACGUAUCGGCAUCGCAUGUAGAUAGCGCCGUCGCGCUCGCCGACAUCCUGUACUAUGACGUGCGGCAGUCGCGCGGCAGCCUCGACACGCACUCGCUCGCCUUCGCGCACAAGCUGUCCGUGCUACUCACGCGCCGGCGUGGCGACGGGGUUGUCGUGGAUAAAUGGGGCGCUGUGGACGUGAAGAAAGAUCGAGAGGUCACGUACGCCGGGCCGACGACGUGGAGCCUAGUCGUGGAGAAGGAGACUGUGAAGAGGGAUUUGAUAUCCCCUGCCAAGGAGCGCUGUGGCUGGCACUCGAGAGGCCCGGCGACGGUGUUAGAGGGGGUUCUUGUUGCUGUGACUUUUCGUGGCGAUAAAGAUCUCAAUCCACCUGUGUUUGAGGAUAGGGGUCAAUACGCAAUAGAGUAG